AUGAAGAGGGAAACCCGAGGAGCGUUUUUCACCAUCUCUGUCCUCCUCUACGUCCUCGCACGGGUCACGUGUCAGCCGUGUUCAGGUCCAUGCCAGUGUCCAUUUCUCACUCCAAUUUGCCCCCGUGGGGUUCCUCUGGUCCUGGACAGGUGUCACUGCUGUCAGAUCUGUGCACGACAAGAAGGUGAACUCUGCUCUGAAACUGAGGUGUGUGACGCUCAGCGCGGUUUGGAGUGUGACUACAGUGCCAGUUUCCCACACGGACCCGGAGAGUGUGUCCGGCGAAGCACGCUCGGCUGUGAGUACUUGGGCAAGAGGUACGAAGAGGGUCAGUCGUUUAAGCCCUCAUGCACGCAGCUGUGCAACUGUGUGGGUGGCGGCGUCACGUGCGUCCCUCUGUGUACUGAGGAUCUGAACACACCGAACUGCCAACACCCAAGACUGGUGAAGGUGCCUGGGCGCUGCUGCAGAGAGUGGGUGUGUGACGGCACAGAAAACAGCAAUGUGCUGGAAAACACGGCAGGUAUUAAAACAUUUAGGUCCUGGCAGGACACGUCUGUACCUAGCAGAGUCUCUAGGUCCUACUGCAUCGAACAGAGCACCGAGUGGAGUGUGUGUUCACGCAGCUGUGGUCCAGGUGUGUCCACACGAGUCUCAAACAGAAACUCGGCCUGUCAACCAGAAACCCUCACACGCCUGUGUGUGGUCAGACCCUGUUCCCCUGGCCUGACCUCCAGAGACUCAGGGCCGGGUGUGUGUGAGAGCAGUUACCGCUCGGUCGUACCAGUCCGCUUCCAGCAUCACGGCUGCUACAGCGCUCAGUCCUACAGGCCGCUGUUCUGUGGAACGUGUUCUGAUGGACACCGCUGCAGCCCUGAGCACACCAGGACCGCACUCGUCACCUUCCGCUGCCCGCAACGACACACCGCUCAACACGCCGUCAUGAUGAUCAAGUCGUGCAUCUGCCAUCAUGGCUGCCCUCAUCCAAACAGCUCCAGAGGAACAAAAUCCUGGCUCUAG